AUGGAUCGCUUCGGGGAAGGUAAGUUGUCCCAGGGAUUGAGGCUGGAUUUGAGAGGGGAUAGUAGAUCGGAAAGCCUCCGGUCGGGUGUGGGUGUGGAGAGGGGAGUAUCUGGAUUGGGGAAUGGGUUUAAGUUGCUUAGAGUACCCCAGGCAUUCUUAGCGUUGCUGCGAGGAGAUUAUGAGUUGAAUGGUUUGUUUCCAACAACAUGGUUCGUACCCACGGGUAUCCAGACACACAAAUGCGACAAGUGCGUCCGGGAGUUUUUCUCUCCUUUCAAUUGUCGUCGGCACAUGAGAUUUCAUCGGAAAACACUCCAUCCAGACAAGGACGAGCUGUCGAAGCAAAGGGAUGCCAUUGGCCAAUUCUGGGCGCAGUUAUCUCCAGCCCAAGCUUCUGAGAUCCUCUCCUUGAAGUCUUCUCGGGUAGAUGAGAUUACUGGGACUAAUAUCGAGCAGGCCCUACAAAAACACAUGCAGAUGUCCGGUGUUGCAUACCUGACACAGGCCUACUUCAGAGCUGGAAGACAACUGGAAGAUAUACGGGUCAAUGCCGCAGCAAAUGUGGCUUCCGAGCUUCUGUUCAAAGUAUUGGACGACGCAAGUGAGAAGACUUUCCUGAUCGGUGGGACGAGUGUGGCUGUGGCACGUUACGUGUAUCAAAAGGACCCUCCACAUGGAGAAGAGAAGAACGCUAUAGCAACUUUGGCUUUUCUCAUCGAGGAUAACUUGGUGAAAGCUUGGAAUGCGGAAAAGGAUAAGAAAGCGCUUGACAUCCAGAGAGCCCUCGUCGAAGAAGAGGAAGCUGCUCAGAAGAAGCGCGAGAGGGAACUGGAAAGGAAGCGUCUAAAAAAGCAAAGACAAAGGGAGAAGAGAGCUGGAGGUAAUCCACCCGACACUGGCAUACAAAACGACGACACCGACUUACAGCAGGACGUAGAAUCCGCAGCAGUUGGUGGAUUUUCUUCUUUAGCUACGGGCGCCGAGGAUUCAGAUAUAGAGAAGGUUGAAACCGGUACUGCUAGGUGGGCAGAGGAACCCGACAAUUCCCAGGAAGAGUUUACCGUCAGCAGGCCCCAGCGGAGGCGCUUUGUUGUGCACACUCAAGCUGAACAGAAGCAGUCGAGUUUUCCGAAGUACAAGCCAAGAUAUACGAGGGGCAACAGAGGUGCGAAUGUUGGAGCAAACGGCUACACUUGCUGGACGAGAAAGAACAAUGCAGACAAUGUUUGCGACGCCUCUACUGCUAUAGAAGCUGAUAGCAAUCCUGAUGGAAUCCUCAACGAACACGCUCAAGGAGAGACCAUACCAGGCGAGAAGCUCACUAGCACAGGUGAAGCGGAGCAGGUUCCAAAUGCUGAAGGACUCGAUGAUUCUCGAGUUGUUCAUCAGGACCAACUGUAUCUGGACCAAGAGGAGCUUAUGAUUGGCACCUUGAGCAUACCGCUCAAUGCCCGUGCAUUGGAAGCUUUGAGGCCGUCUUCCCAGCGUUUUGACUCCUUGGAGAAAGAGCUGCUGACGCCCGUGAGCUUGAAAGGCGACGGUGGUACUAAAGCGGACGAAAUGCCAGCGGCUGAGGAGUGCUCGUUGGAGAAUCAGACGCCAGCAAGUGCUGAACGCGAGGCCACGGCGACAGGUGACGAGCAAGAGUUUGCCAGGGUGGCGGAGGCAUGCAUGGCGUUCCUCGUUGACAGAUGGCGCAAGGCUAUAUCAGAUCCAGAGGCAGUGGUUUUCGCGGUUCUGGAGGAGUCACUGGCCGAUGGUGAGACGCCUGAGGUUCAGAAACUGGAAGCUGGCCCAGAAGGUGGUGUUGACGGUCAUCCGGAGGUGGACAAGGCCGGAAAUGGUGAAGCUGACAAGGAGGAGGCUCCAGACGCCAGUGAAGUAGCAGGAAGUGUAGGAAAUUCUUUAGAGUCGGGCGGCGUAGCGAGCGUAGGGAACCUGGAAGCUGGCAACGCAGAGGAGUCGUCCAGCGGCGGCAACGUUUUGGGUUUGCGCGGCGGGGUGAAGGGAGAGGAGGAGAAGCGGCUCGACGGCAGGAACGGGACUUGCAACAAGAAGGCAGGCCCCAACAAGUGGAAGAAGGGCAAGGCGUCCGAGCAGAGAUACUUGCCCAAGAAGCAGUGAGAAAAGAGGUUUUUGUGACGGUGGUGGCGGUAGGCUUUUUGAUGUUUCUGGUGGGGAGGAUUCAUCGGCUACUGUGGUAGAGGAUUCGUUGGCUACUGCGGUGGCGGAGGAGAGGAUUCAUCGGCUGCGGAGGAGAGGACUCAUCGGCUACUGUGGUGUGGUGGCGGAGGAGAGGACUCAUUGGCUACUUCGGUGGCGCAGGAGAGAACUCAUCGGCUACUUUGGUGGCGGAGAGGAUUCCUCGGCUACUGUGGUGGCGGAGAGAGAGACGUAGGAUUAACGCUGGGGAUGGAAGGCACGGCGACGACGGUGGUGGUGGUGAUGGUGGUGAAAGUUUUGGGACAGUGGUGGUGGUGGUGAUGGUGGUGAAAGUUUUGGGACAGUGGUGGUGGUGGCGGUGACGGUGCUGGUGGUGGCAUUUUUUUUUGGAUGGAGAUGGUGGAAACGUUACAGCUCUCGAAGUCGACAUCAUCAUAGGGACUGGUUACUUUCUAAACGGGCUGUACAUAUUUUGCCAAGUUGAGGUGGACGCGACGCUUAUAUCCUUGUUCCUUUUUUAUUUUUUCUCUCCGCAAAUCGAUCGGACCGAACUCUUUAAAGAACGCGCGAAGAUUUCUUUUGAA